CCCGAGUGAGUCCACAGGUAGCAUGCACGUGGCAACCGCUGGCCUACUCGCCGGACUUGCCUGCGCACAUGCAGCGUCCGAGAUCGAAGACGGCGCUCUUCGUUGGGGCACGUAUCAUUCUGGCCUGUACUUUGGCAUUCGGUCGCGAACGUCACCGUACCAUGUCAGUGCGGGACUGCUGUGGGCGACGUCGAGCGAGUCGAGCCUUCGCCAUGAAUGCCUCGAAAGCGAUCGGCUUGAGCAGUACGGCUGGCGAGAACAUGACGGGCGUACAUAUGGAAGGCAGUCCAUUCGUGAUCAGCACAACAACUUGUUACUCGACACAACGUUCUUGAAGCCACCAACGUCGCCAACAACGUUUGCCACGCGGUCGUGGGCUGCCCGCAUUGCAACGUCUCAAUUGCGUGCCGACGAUGCGCUUCCAGCGUUGAAUUCCCUGUACUUUUACAUCGAUCUAGGAUGCGAAGACGACUCGCCGCAGCACCCCUGCCGCCGUGACACGCAACAAGGAGCGACGUGGACGGUGCGGCCACCGACACCAUGCCGCCAACAGCCCUCCGAUGGAAAAUCGUGUGUCGAGAUGGAACUCAUCUCGGAGCACGCGAACGACCAAUUUUCGUUUCAUGCGCGGUACCAGGUGCAUUUCCACGGCAGUGCCAGCGACAUGGACAUGGCGUAUCAUGGGGAUUCGUCGUGGAGCGUCGUGAAUAUCAAGAAGGCGCUGGAAGACUUGGCUUCCCGUCAAGCGAUCGACGACGCGUCGCCACAAGUGGAUCCUUCGCCCCAGCUCAGCAACCGCAUCGCUCCAUCCAGCACCCUGGCGGUCGUGCUCGUUCGAUAUCCUCCGUCGCGUGUGCAGGACGUUACGCUGCACCUGUUGUACGAUGAACAAGUGGAGGCUGACACCUCUCCCGUCGUCGUCUUCGACUCCCUCCUUCCAUCGUUCCAUGCAGCGUUUACAACCAAGUUCGCCGCCGCCUUCCCAACCACCAGUGCCUUCUCGGCCGUCGGGCAAGCUGCGCUGAGCAACCUGAUUGGGGGCAUUGGAUAUUUCUACGGCAGCACGGUCCUGCAAGAGGCCGACGGCGCGGUCGGCGUAACUCCUGCGCGGUCCCUCUUCACCGCAGUGCCAUCCCGCUCGUUCUUUCCCCGCGGCUUCCUCUGGGACGAAGGCUUCCAUCAACUGGGGAUCAUUCCAUUCGACCCCGAUGUCGCGGUACAAGUUGUAGAUUCGUGGUUGAACCUGAUGGACGGUGAUGGGUACAUCUCCCGGGAGCAAAUUCGAGGAACUUUGGCGGAGGCCCGCGUCCCCGCCGAAUUUAUCACGCAGUUCACGACCCAUGCGAACCCGCCGACGCUGCUGCUGUCCGUCGACAAGUUGCUGUCGCACAUCGUCGGCACGCCGAUCCUGGACUCGUGGUGGCCCAAGCUCCAGCGGUGGUUCGAGUGGUACCGUCGCACACAAGCCGGCCCCGAACCCAACACGUUUCGAUGGCGCGGGCGCGACGUUCACGACGGCAAACUCAUGCCCAACACGCUGUCGUCGGGGCUGGACGACUACCCUCGGGCGUCGCACCCGUCCGAAGAUGAGCGCCACGUCGACCUGGCUGCUUGGAUGAUCAAGGGUAGUGCGGUGUUGGCCAAGGUCGCCAAGGCCGUCGGUGACGACGCCAAGGCGUCGAGCUACGACAGCCUGUCGCUCUCGUUCCUAUCCACCAUGGACAAACUGCACUGGGAUACUGCCACGUCCUUGUAUUUCGACUAUGGGCUUCAUAGCGACGACGGGAUCUUUGAAGAUCACAUUGUUAUUCGAUGCCAGAACCCGUCGACCGGCGACAGGUGCGUCCCAUGCUACGAUCGGGUUGGCCUUGCACGUAGGUGCAGAACGCACUCGUGACUGGAUUUCUAUCGUUAGCAUUCAAACCACAGCCAGUGUUCACGUCCUGCAAAAGGCACGCAACGACGGGUGCCCUCGCACCCAUCCCCAAUUCCAGUACCCUCUCGGCGAUGGCCAUGGAGGGCUCUUGACCAAGCAAGUGUUUGUGCCCCAGACGGAAGCGCUCCAGUUUGUGCGUCGCGUGGGCUACGUAUCGUUUUUCCCGUUGUUUUUGCAGUUGCUGCCGUUGGAUUCGCCCAAGUUGCAGCCCCUAGGGACGCAGGUGGCCCAGCACUUGCUCUCUCCCCAUGGACUCCUGUCGCUAUCGCCUGAGGAUUUGUACUUUGACCGACCGAACGCCCCAGGCGACGCCCCGUACUGGCGCGGGCCCAUCUGGAUCAACAUCAAUUACCUCGCAUUGACCAGUUUCAAGCACUACGCGACCCACGCCAUGGACAAGGCCGUUCGAUCGCAGUACCAAGCCUUGUACUCGUCGUUGCGAGAAGGCGUUGUGACGUCGAUCGUCAACGAGUUCGACGCGACGGGGUACUUGUACGAGCAAUACGACCAACGGACCGGACGCGGCCAGCGCUGCCACCCGUUUUCGGGAUGGACGGCAUUGAUUGUCAACAUUCUGGCCGAGACGUACUAAGCCAGCAGCGUCGGGAUGCGAUGCAUAAUGGAGACCGCGCACGGCGCUGCAUGUGUUGUCUUGGUGAUGCAAGCAUCGGUGGGGAAGGGGCUGAAGGCGUCCAGCGUGUAGCACGUCCGCUCGUGCUGGGCGUGAGUGGUUUUGAAGAUUCGUUCAACCUGUG